UUGUGUGUCACCUGCCCUGUAUGAAUGGGGGGAAGUGCAGCACCAGGGACAAGUGUCAGUGCCCCCCCAACUUUACCGGGAAGUUCUGCCAGAUGCCCGCUCGGAGCGGCCAGCAGCAGCAGCCGGCGGGGGGGUACAGCCAGACCCAGGUCCACUCCACACACACCCUGCCACUGACCUACAGCAACGGACAGAACCCUGUGUUCAACCCCAGCAUCGUGAACAUCCACAUCAAACACCCCCCAGAGGCCUCGGUCCAGGUGCACCAGGUGUCUCAGCUGGAUAACUACCACAACAACGGGCAGCCUCUGAAGGGGUCCCGCUCCAGCUCCUCCUCCAGCUACACCUACCGCCACACGGAGAGCAGCCAAAACAUCCAGCACCUAGGCUACAACAUUGUGUACCCCAGCCAGCACGUAUACCAGGUCCCCCAGUACCAGCCUGUCACCUCCAAGAACACUCUGGGGCGCUGCUUCCAGGAAACAGCAGGCAGUCAGUGUGGGAAGGCUCUGCCAGGCCUCACUAAGCAGGACCAGUGCUGCCAGACUAUCGGGACGUCCUGGGGAUUCCACAAGUGCCAGAAGUGUCCAAAGCAACCAUCUAUUCCUCUGAUAGAUUGUCCUCACGGUUACAGGAGAAUCAACAGCUCCCAUUGCCAAGAUGUAGACGAGUGCCAGCUGCAGGGUGUGUGUCCCAAUGGAAACUGUCUGAAUGCCGUGGGGAGCUACAGGUGCACGUGCAAACCAGGCUUCAUCCCCGACUCCACGCUCACCACUUGCAUAUCCAACACCCCUGCCAUCCCAGAGGAAAAGGGGGCUUGCUUCCGCUUGGUCAGCUCAGGGAGGCAGUGUUUGCACCCAGUGUCCACCCAGCUGAGCAAACAGCUCUGUUGCUGCAGUGUGGGCAAAGCCUGGGGCCCUCGCUGUGACAAAUGCCCCCCUCCAGGAACAGGUAAGGCCCCCUGCAACAUCGGACAUUUAUUCUGUCUCAAUGGGAACACUUCAUUAAGUAUGAAGAAAGAUAAUGCCUACCACCAUUAA